AUGCCACCUUACAAAACCACAAGAUUCCAUGGUGCAACUGUAUUGGUCUCUCUGUAGACAAUGCAGCCGUGAACAUCGGACAACACAAUUCAAUCGCAUCAAGAGUUCUGCAAAACAACCACAGUGUUUAUGUACAUGGUUGCCCGUGUCAUAUUUUACACAACACUGCAAAGCGAGCAGGUCUUACCUUUACUGAGGUGUCACAUUUUGAUCUGGAGGACGUUGUGGUUGAUGUGGGCUUUUGGUUUAAAGGAAGCACCAACCGCAAGGGAUUUCUGGCAGAGUUUUGUGAGCUCUUUGAGUCAGAAUACCUGGAAGUCCUACAGCAUGCCUCUGUGCGGUGGUUGAGCCUUGAAACCUGUGUGACCCGCAUUCUGAGAUUGUACGAGCCACUUGCCAGCUAUUUCCAAUCAACAGAGGGGAAUCAGCCAAGACUGAAGAGGCUACAGGGAGCCUUUUCUGACCCCAUGACUGAAGUGUAUCUCCUCUUCUACCAAGCAACCAUACCAGCCUUCACCUCUCUGAAUCUCCUCUUCCAGAGACAACAUCCAUCUAUAUUUUUAUUGCAAGAUGAGAUGAUUACAUUCAUCCGCAAGCUCUGCUCCAAGUUCCUCUUGCCCACAGUACUGCAGACCCACCUUAAGCCUCAGGACAUCCCAUAUGUGGAUAAGGAGAACCAUCUGCCUGGAUACAAACUGAAUGUCGGCUUCAUCACCAGGGUGAGGCUCAAUCAUCUCCUGGAUGCUGGGGACAUCACCGCCCAGAAAGUGGAGUUAUUCCACACCGCAUCCCUCAACUUCUUUGUGAAAGCUGUAGAGUAUGCUCUACAAAGGCUGCCUAGUGAGCCUUUGCUGAAGCAUGCCAGGUUUCUUGAUGUGAGGCAGAGGGCAGAAUGUGGGGUGGAGGAUGCCCUCUACUUUGUUGACAGGUAUGCCCACCUUCUCCCCUACCACAGCCCACAAGAUCAUGACUCAUUGGGGGAGGAGUUCCUGGACUACCAGACCAUGCCUGUGCCAAUAUUGGAAGCAGACCCAGAUAUUGAGGGCUUCUGGGCCAACAUGGCCAGUUUAAAACACAAGGUGACAGGUGUGGGCCAUAGACUGUAUAUAUAA